CUAGGGGCACAGCCAGGAUCCCCUGGAACCCAAUCCCCCACUCUGGGGACACAGCCAGGGUUCCGCUGGCACCCAUAUCCCUACCCGGGGAGCAGAGCCAGGGUCCCCCAACACCCAAUCCGCCACCCUGGGGGCAGAGUCAGGGUCCUCUUUCAGCCAGACCUCCAUCGCAGGGACACAGGCGCAGGCGUUUCAGGAGAUCGGGCAGCUCGGCAUCCUCUAUGCCACCCUGAAGGAGCAGGUGGCCAAGCUGGCUGCCAGCAAGGCGGAGCGCUCCGAGCUUGAAAAGCUCCACCAGCUCUUCGCGGAGGGAGCCUGGCCCCGAGGGCGAGACCUCCUCACCAACCAUGUGUAGUCCCCUUGGACCACGACUCUCCAGGUCAGAAGAACAUCACCAGUGCCCUGUCCGACCUCCAGAGCCAGCUGUCCUCUCUGCAGAGCCCAGCCAGCGACCUGCAGGGUGAGACAGGCAAGAUCAUGCAGCUGGAGCACGCCCUUGGAAAGCUGCAGGUGCCUGGAGCUGAAGGGAAAGAGGACAUCAGGUUACUGCUGCAGGAAUUAAAGCAGGAGCUGGGAGAGCAGCAGCAGAAGAGCCAGGCUGCGCUGGAGCAGCUGGUGGACAAGAGUGCCGACCAGCUGCAGGCACAGCUGGAUGAGUUGAGGGUGGUGGUGGAGAGCCUGAGGCAGGCAGAGGGGCACGCAGCGCACCCCAUCUGCAGCAAGGACACCGGCACGCAGGUGGAGCAGCUCCUGCAGCGCUAUGAGAAGCUGCAGGAGCAGGGGGACUCUGUCAUGUGCCAGCAGGCAGCGGGCAAGGUGGCGAGGCAGCAGCAUGAGAAGAGCCAGAAAGCAACCAAAUCCACCGCGGGCAGCCAAGUCAGCCGAAGCCAGUUUGAGGCCAGUAUGGAGCAGCUGAUGGAGAUAAGAAAGAAGAUCCAGAGCCAGGGGAUGGCCCAGGAGCAGGGCUUGCAGCAGGUGCAGCAGCAGCUCAGGGAGGUGAUGGACUCCAAGGUGAGGGCUGAUUCGUCCCCGCUGCCAAACGCAGGCACUUUUGGGCCGGGCAGACUAAGGCAGCCUCCGUCCGAGGGUCUCCCCUCCCGGCUCUCUCCCGGGGACCACCACGUCCCACGCCGGGGCAGCACGCUGAGGUGGUCCACCUGUCCACAGCUGGAUCGCCCGGAGCUGGCGCCUGUCCAGAGCCAACUGGAGCACUGUAACAACACCCUGAAGCAGCUCAAGGACAUCGUGCCACAGACAGGGACAGCCGAUGGAGCAGCUGGGAUGAAGUACCCGCAGGCCCAUUCCCCCUACCUGUCCUGUGACCAACCCCUCGCUGUGACGGCACCCGGACCGUGAGUAACACCCGGCACCGUGGGUGGGAUGAGGGUGAUGGGUGCUGGCACUGCCCCGCUGUGUGGGACACGGGGGCUUGGG